UCCAGCGAAGUUACUUAUCGAAGCACAUUGGACUUCAUUGAAAGAUAUAACGUUAUGUGACUCUUCAAGUUACUGCCAUGUGACAUGUAUCUGUAUAUUUAGGAUUAUGCUAUUACAGUCCUGUCUUCUAUCCUGCAAAUCAACAAUACUUGAGAUAGAGGAGGUCACGGAAACGUUUCAUUAAUUACCACUUCCGCUUCUGUUUGGAUGAAACUACGAGUUCAUUUUAGGCGACAAACUGUUGAACUGCGCCGUCCACCUGCAUAGUGUUUAUUAUGGUCUACAACAAAGAGAAUGGGUCUGAGCUCCGGAUCUACGCUUGGACCAGAACAGCUUCCGCAGUUCUGUCGCACUGUCUCUGCAUCGUCUUCACUGUGUUCAUCGCAGUUCUGUCCCGACCGGGUACAAUUAGUUUUAUUUUAGGUUGGUUUUCCUGGCAUCCUUUCUUGAUGACACUAGCAUUCUCCUUCUUCAUGACAGAAGCCAUACUUCUUUUCUCCCCCUAUGGCUCCCCAUUGAAAAAGUUCUCACACAAGACAAAAGGUUGCGUUCACUGGUUCCUGCAGGUCAGCUGUGUGUCCUGUGCAGUCCUGGGUCUUGCAGCCAUCUUUUACAACAAACACCUGAACGGUAAACCCCACUUCACCUCGUGGCACGGCCUGCUGGGCCUGUUCACGGUGUGUGUGGUGGGGCUGCAGUCUGUGGCAGCUGUGCCUCUAGUCUACCACUCUCUGGCCAAAGGCUGGUCUCUGGCCAAACUCAAACGCUACCAUACAGCAACUGGACUUGUCACAUACCUGCUAGGCAGUGCCAGCCUGCUCCUGGGCCUCAGCUCUGCCUGGUUUACUGGAUCAGUCGGGGAAUACACCUGGUACCUGUCCGCCCUCUCCUCUGCUCUCAAUGCCCUAAUCAUAAUGAACCAAGUCAGCAGCGCAUACACUGCAAAGAAACGGCUGCAGUCCUGACUGCAGACACUGUGCAGACACUUAAAACACUCACUGAAUAUGCAUGCAAGGUUUGUCACACAGAUUUCAUUACAAUCCGUUUGGUUUGCAUGCAUGUUAUAAGGGAACUGAUGAAGCAAUGAAUUAGUUGACACACCCUGGGAUUUAGUUUUUGACCAAAUACUUCCAAAAUUAAUUACAUUCCUCAGCUCUUAACUAAACUGGUGAACAUGUCAAACAUUGUACUUGAUAAAAUAAAAUAAAAUAGUAUAGCAUUUUACGAAGCAGUAAGAUGCUUGUAUGCCUGUAAAGUGAAAAAUAAAUUAAAUAAAGCGGGUUAUAUUCCCUACUACUGAAAACUGAGGUGUGAAGGGGUUGACAGCUUUUAGAUCAUAGUGGGAGAUACAAAUCUGCAGAAAGUACUAUUAAAAUGAAUAAAUACUUUAAAAAAAAACAAAAAAAGACUUUCAUUAGUUAUGUCUGCACCCUUUUAAGAUAUGAAGUAAAUUAAAAGCAUUUGUAAAUGAUUCACAAUGCAAUAGAAGAUUGUUUUAUUGUUAAAAUAACAUUGAUAACACAGUCAUAUUCUGCUUCGAUCGAGGCUGCAUGUACGAAAUUCUAUCUGAAUCAGCCGUCAAUGGGUCAAAGUGAACAAAACGUAAAAAAAUGUAAUUACAAAAAAGAAUGUAUUUUCCAUUAUAAAUAAAUUAAUUCCGACACUGAAAUAAGGGAAACAACUGCCAAUAAGAAGUUAUAAAAACAUUUAAAAAACUGAAAUAUUUCCACGAAACACAAAAAUGCAUGUAAAUUGACAAGAAAUGGCAGACAGGUUUUGUUUUAUAAAUGGAUAAUUCCCAAGAUUCAAAUGCAAAGUUUCCAACGGAUCAAAAAGACUGACAAAAACAUGGCUUCGAUAUGCUGUACAUCGUACAGUUCACAAGCAGAUAUGAUCCUUUUUUAAAAUCCCAACUUCACCUUCAAAUCUGAAAUAAAGUUCCCAAAACACGCUGAAGAAAACUUCUAUCAUCCUUGAUAGAAAUUCAGCAUCCAGAACAACAAUAGGGAAAGAGCCAGUAGUAACAAAAAUGGAACAGCGGGAACAAAAUUGAAGUUAAUAGGGAAUGAUCUGUUGUCUCAGGUUAUCCAGUGUUUCCUAAAGGCCAACAACCACUGCGUCUAGCCUAUGUUACAGACAAAGGAGAAGUGCUUUCCUAAAUCUACGUACCUUGAGGUGUCAUCACAACACAGAAACACAAGGCUACAGAGUACAGCAAAGACCUAAACUCCCUAAAGCACCGCAGACCGACACUACUGACAGAAGCUACUUACACCGCACUGCUUUUAAAGAUGCACCUCUGUGAAACGCUACCACAUGAUGGCACUGUCAGUUUGGUAAGGCCACCACACCCCAUGACCUCGUUCUGCAACAGUCACAGGUGGUUGCAGUGAAAUGUUCACUAUCUGCUUUGAUGGUUGGUGGCUACAUUGACUCUACAAGGUUUUAGACACUCAGGCUGCAUGAAUGCAAUGUUUCCUACAGUUUAGGUAAUAUUUGUUCUCAACAAGGUCCUGAAAAUAACCCAUAGGAAAAUUUGGUUCAUCAAAUCUACAGGCUGUAGGCUGUCUGAUGGUGGGGACACUUAAGUACAAACUGCAACAAAAAGAAAAAAAAGAGGCAAAUGAGCAAGCAACAUAAAAACUUGCUUUCUUCUCCUUUUGGCAUCACAAUGCUGAAUCUGCCCGACAGCGGUUUUAAGUUUCACACCGACUGUUUAACUGCUUAGUAGUUCUUCCAACAGAUUUGUAAAAAGGAUGUACUAAGAUAAAUGCUCAAGACUCAAGACCCCUGUGUUAUUUAAGGCUAAAAAUGAAAGAACACAGUCCGAAUCCUCAUCCCAGCCCCUGUGUUAUCAAAGGCUAACAUGAAAGUACAUUCAUUUUAGUUUUAAGGGGGGAAAAAGGUAAAUUAUAAAGUUGAACAUAAAUUUGUUUGCCUAGCAUCAAUGCGAGAGCGUGUUUAUCAUAUUGAUAGUCAGUGUAAUAAUAAACCAUCUCCCUCCCAGCCAAAAUCUACACACUGCACAGUAUUGACUUGCAAUAUAAACAACGAUAAUGAUGCUAUUUACAAAGUAUCAACAUGUUCAAUAAUAGUAUCACACAUAAUAUCCUCAACAGGGGAUGCUACAAUGUCUAUCAAAUUGCUAAAGACUAAAAUAUGCUCCGACAGCCUACGAUUUCGGUUAAAAGGUAUGCCUCAAAAGGAUUUACUAGAUAUAUUGUCUAGUGGAUUUUGACAAAUAUUAACACCACGUUCUGGAGUCAACGUGAGUUAUUUAUUGUACUAUGUUGCCUUCCAGUAUUUAAUAGAAAAAGAAUCUGUGCUCAAAUAAAAUGGAGUAGAUUACCAUUCAGCAGGCAAGUGCUGCUAAUAAGUGAAACCGUAGGUCAACUUUUUGUUUGCACUAGACCGUUUCACAGCAAUAAGACAAUCCAACAAGAAGGAGUUAUCACAUUAUUCUAUUUGAAUUCAGGGGAAAUACAACUAACAGCACUAAGAGGCCGUGCUUCAAAGUAGAACAGUGUGCGCCCGAAAGAUUCAGCUGGUCACCGAACGACAGUUGUCUGUUCCGACUGCUCUGAUGCUCCAGUUCAACAAUUCUGGGAUAUUCAGCAUAAGGAUGUGUUACUCUUACUUUGUAAAGUCAUUAAGGUACAAGUAGAUUCUCUCAUUUGCAGGUGAGAGUAUGUGUGUGUCUGUGUAGUUUAAUGAGACCAUUAGGAAUGGGAAUGCAGCUAAGUUAAUGAACAGCAAGGCCAAAACACAUUUAACUGAAUAGUUCUUUCUAACUUCAUCCUAAUUAAAAAGGUGAUUGUUUAGUUACGUAGUCCACUUUUUUCCCUUUCAUGUCUACUUGCAUUCUGAUGUGCUCACAUAUUCAGAAUAUCACAAUGCAUCUAACCAUCAAUCAUAAGUUUAUAGGUUUGAGUAGAUACUGUAACAGAAUCCAUUUAGUUCAUUUCGUAACAGUGUAAUCAUUCCCAUCCCUAAUUUAUGUUUGCCAUGAUUGAUAAAACUCUGUGAAACUGACUCUCUACUGCCCCGUCACCUCUAUAACGUCGUCAUCAGAACUGCUGCCGCCGUUCUCUGUACUCUGAUGCAUGUCCGGCUGAGUCAGAGCUGCUCCCAACAGACUGGAAGUGGGAUUGUUGAAAUGGGAGAGGAAACUGGAUGUAGUAGAGCUGGAGUUAGGCGUGGGGAAUCCCCCUGACCCAGAGAGGAGAGGGGUAGGAAACAUCCUCGACUCAGAGAGCAGCGACUGACUGUAGUUGAGGGGGAAACCCGAUGAAAGCAGUCCAGCCAUGUUGGGAUUCAUCAGGUACGGAGGCAGAGACCCGGACACCAGGGAGGAAGAAGUGGCUGCCGAGGGUGUUGAUGCCAUAGGGAUGGUGGUGGAAGCUGAGGAGAAACCAGUUGACAUAGCGGAUGAAGAGGGGGUGGGAAGGUGUCCGUUUCCUGUGGCAGACUGUCUUAGUAGGUCUGAGCCUGCAGAGGGGAACAUGGUCUGUAGGUCAGCCAGGGUUUGUCCUGUUGUCUGAAGGAAUGACGAUCCACUGCUACCACCCAUCAGAAGUGGAUGACUCAUGUGACCUAGGUUCCCCAGUAGGGAGGAGGAGUUCAGACCAACAGGGGAAAAACUGAGCCCACCGGAGCCCAUGGACAGUCCAGGGAAACGUGCUGCAGCAGAAGUGCGCUUGCCUCCCAUUUGUGCGUUGCCCUGGAUUUCAGUACUCCGGCGCUUGCUGCCACGCAUCUCUAAAGCCGAGCUCAAGAGGUCAUCACUGAGCUGCCUAUUGAGAUCACCAGUCUGAUUGUUUUGCAAAUUGCCUUCAUUCCCUGCUGUUAAAGCCAACAUUUCUGACGGUGAUGGCAAUUCAUUCCCCAUGCCAGCGGUGGCAUCAUCUGUGGAUGAAGCGUAGCGGCUGAGCUCUCUGAGAAUCUCAGAGCUUAAGGGAGAGGAGGGCCGCUGCUCCCCGUUGGGGGAGCCCUGCUGUUGAUCCACAGGCGAUGAACAGCCAUUACUGAGUGGAUGGAUCAGGGAACCCUGGGUGUCUGUGGCGGAGAGAGAAAGACAAUCGUGAAAUGUCAGGAGAAAUGUAUAAUGUCUCUGAAUAAUUUAUGUUUGAAAAGGUCAAUCCUGGAAAUAAGAUGGUGCAGCCAAAUAUGUCCCUGGUGUAUUAAUGUACUUAGGAGUUGUGUACUCCAGAUUAAGUAUACCACUUCCAUACAGCUGGAGAGUUGUCAGAAAGCAUAAAAUAAGGAUCGUUAACAUCUGUGCAGCAGAGGUUGAGGUGUUCUGACUUUCACUCUGUAAUAAAAAGGGGUCAAGUGCUCAAGUCCCUCCAAAUGGAUGGUGACUUUCAUCAGACCCUAUACCUCCUAAAUGCCCACAUCAAUUAAACUCCACAUCUCUUACUUGUAAGGUAGGCUUUUUGUAAUAGUCUUUAAGUCUAAAGCCAAAACUGAGAUAACCCUGAUGAUCAUCACUAUUGUUUUCUCAAAGAAAGCUCCCUGCAGAGCCACAGAAGACAGUAUACCGUUUGACCAGGUUGUAUAGUUACUUCUCAUGACAAGUAAACUGAACUUUAUAUGUAAAAUAAUAUCACCCUCAAUGUUGUACGAGUUGUGGAUCCAAGAUUAAUAAAUAUGACUUUGUACCCAUUGAAGCAGCAGAGCCCCCGACUGCUGGCCUACUGAUCUUUCCAGAUCGAAUAGCAAAAAUCCGUCCAUCGUUUGUCCUAAUGUAGGUACCUGUGGUGGAGAAUAUAUCAAUUGAUGACCUCGGCAUUAACUCAAGAUGCUUUGUAUGAAGAGAGAAAUUACUCAGUGGUUGCAACUACCUUUUGAUCCUCUGAUAACAUGGAUGCUCUCUCCUGCACUAAUUCGAGCUUGAACAUCGGCUGAGCUGUUGGCUCCUGGGAUUACAAUAUCUGUAGAUAAAAUGGCAGAUGUUAUUGUAUGGUCACUACAUUUCACAAGAAAGAAUACAUUUGUCUUGUGAAAGAUUAAAUGGUUAAUUCAAAAAGUAA